CUGUAGGCUAUAAAACCCCGUCUACUGGAAGAAUGGCAGCCUCCACAAAUAAAGUAGAAGAUCACAGGAAGAAGUGGGACAAAGAUCACUAUGAAUCCCUUGCAAAGGAGCGGAUCGAAGAGGAGCAAAGAAUGGCUCUCGGCAUUCAGUCAAAGGAGAUGCCUGUCAAGAGGGAGUUGCUAAAGCAGCGAGACUAUAAAGUUGAUCUUGAGUCUAAACUUGGAAAAAGUCAAGUUAUUACAAAGACAACACCAGCAGCAUGUCAGGGCGGGUAUUACUGCAAUGUCUGUGACUGCAUAGUGAAAGAUUCCAUAAACUUCCUUGACCACAUCAAUGGAAAAAAACAUCAGCGUAAUCUGGGCAUGUCAAUGAAAGUAGAGCGAUCAACUCUUGAUCAGGUGAAGAAACGAUUUGAGUUGAACAAGAAGAAAAUGGAAGAGAAAAAGAAGGACUACGAUUUCGAGCAGCGAAUACAGGAACUGCGUGAAGAAGAGGAGAAACAGAAGCAGUACAAGAGGGAGAAGAGAAAAGAUCGAAAGAGAAAGGCGGACGAUUCGAUUGAGCAAAGCCUCGAUCCGGACAUGGCUUCUUUAAUGGGAUUCUCUGGAUUUGGAACAACAAAGAAAUAAAGUGGCUGCGAUGGUGUUUAUCUCAUAAUUCACACUGAUUUUACGUGUAGUGAGUAAAGGGGUUCAGCAGUGAAACUACACCAUCCAGUGGCGUAUCCAGAUAUGGACGAACAGGGCAGCAAAAUGUACCUGGGCUGCCGAAGGCAACCCCGCGUGCUGGGGGCACGGCAGCGCUAGGCGGGUCUGGGGGCAUGCUCCCCCUGGAAAUUUUGAAAUAUUUAAGCCAUUUUCCUGCCAUCUGAGGCAUACUGUGGGUCAUAUUCUGAUGUCUGAUGACACUAUCUCAAUCCUAGACUCAACACUACAAUUUAGGAUUUGAAACACUUCAUUAUUUAUUUUUUCUGGGCCUGCAAACGGGGGGGGGGCGUACGCCGGCUCCGCCCUAUGCUGGAUACGCCACAGCCAUCUAUUCACUUUGUUUUGAGCAUAGAGCUGCUGAAUGCAUUGAUCAAUAAUGUACAGGUAGAUUACGUUUUGAAGUGAAAUGUUGCUGGUACAUUAAAUUAUUGCGAGAGUCCUCUAAGCUCGAGAGUGAGAUAGUCUGAGAUUGUACGAAAUGUAUAGAAUACACGCUGGCACAGUAUUCUUAUUGUUUAUGCUUGUUUAGUUCGAUAACGGAUGAAAGAGAAUGUAUCUAUGUUAUAUCCAUGGCUAGAUGGGUUCUAUACGAAAGGGAGCUGUCAAAAUUCUAACUACGUCAGGUGAUUAGUUAACCCAGCAGAGUGAAAGUUGAAGUCUUGUAGUGUGGUUAUGUGUGUACAGGCAAACUUUUAUGUUGUACAGUUAGGCACUGAGAACCAGGUCCUGAUUUUGUGAUGUCGUGCUCAUUCCACAUGAAAUUCACAUGUAGGUGAUAUUUCUAUAAUUGUUUCUCAUGCAUGACACCACUGAGCUGGAGAUUAUACUCAUUACACGGAGCAAACUUGGGUCUAGUAACAACGGGCGCAUUUGCAGAAACAAAAUUAGCCUUAGCAUGAACUUUUUCUCGUAGAUGGGAUCUGUACACAUUGCGUAUGAGACAAUCGUAAAUUCACCAUGUUUCUAUCAAUAGUCUAUGAGAAAGAUUCAAUGUUAAGACCAAUGUGGUGUCAUUCCACAGUCGACAAAGAUUCUGGCGCUGGUGUCAGGAUUCGCUGUGUCAAUGGGCACUGUAGUGGAAUAGUCGUCAUAGUUGGUCUGUAAUUAUAGAUCCAAUGUUUACGUGAUAUGAUGAGUAACGAAGGAAAGCUUCAACGAUCGACAACCGUUCAACGUGCUCCCAUGUGGCCAUUAUCACUAAGUCAAUCUACUCCGUGUACUUCACUUUAUUUCAUAUCAGUCACUGCUGUAUUAUUACAAUAGUCGCAUUGGAUUGUCGGAAAUACUUAAUUCAGACGUUUCACACCAACAAGAUGUAUCACAGAAUUCCUGGGUUUAUGCAAUAAGACUACUGCUAAAUUUCGUACAAUAUAAACAUUUUCUGGCACAUGCAAUUUCAUUUAGAAGACAACUAAUGUGUACAGUGUGUGUUGAUUUUAUAAGCAAGGUAGAUAGAUAGGUUUAUAAUAAUAUUCAAUAAAAAAUUAAUGUACACUAAGCAAUUUUGCUGUGCAUUAGGUAAAAAAA